ACCAAAUUUGAGCCCAUUCGGAGGUGUCAUGCUGAAUUCUUUUCUCAAGCCCCAGAAUUUUGCCUUCGGCGUUUGGGGUAAUCGGUGUUCUGGGUCUGUAGUCAGUGUUCUUGAACUCUCGCGAGAUAGGCGCCCUUCCGCGAGAGCAGCCCGAGAGCCGGUAUCUCCUAGGAGUUUGAUCCGGCUCUCGAAGUCUCCCUGACGUGGUGCGCAGCAUCACCUAGGAUCGAGCUUGGCACCGACGAUCACGUUUGGAAUACUAGCAGUGAUGGAUGAGGAUCUGGUUUUGGCUUUGCGGCUUCAGGAGGAGUGGGACUUGCAGAUGUCUGAGCGGGGUCUGGCCCAGGAACCCCUGUCGCUGGUGGACGCGUCCUGGGAGUUGGUAGACCCCACCCCGGAUUUGCAGGCCCUGUUUAUGCAGUUCAACGACCGGUUUUUCUGGGGCCAGCUGGAGGCCGUCGAGGUGAAGUGGAGCGUGCGAAUGACCCUGUGUGCUGGGAUAUGCAGCUAUGAAGGGAGGGGUGGAAUGUGUUCCAUCCGUCUCAGUGAACCCCUUUUAAAGUUGAGACCACGAAAGGAUCUUGUAGAGACCCUCUUGCAUGAAAUGAUACAUGCCUAUUUAUUUGUCACUAAUAACGAUAAAGACCGGGAAGGACAUGGCCCAGAGUUCUGUAAACAUAUGCAUCGCAUCAAUAGCCUGACGGGAGCCAAUAUAACGGUGUACCAUACUUUCCAUGAUGAGGUGGAUGAGUACCGGCGCCACUGGUGGCGUUGCAAUGGGCCCUGUCAGUACAAAAAGCCCUACUAUGGUUAUGUCAAACGUGCUACCAACAGGGCACCCUCUGCUAAUGACUACUGGUGGGCUGAGCACCAGAAAACCUGUGGGGGCACAUACAUAAAAAUCAAAGAACCAGAGAACUACUCGAAAAAAGGCAAAGGGAAGACAAAACUAGGAAAGGACCCAGUGUCAACAACAGAGACUAAAGAAAAGUUCAAGAGAGGCAACACGCAGUCGUUAAUCCCUUUUAGUGGAAAAGGAUAUGUUUUAGGAGAAACAAGCAAUUCCCUUUCACCUGGGAAAUUUACCACUUCACAUGCUGCUAAUAAAACCCAAGAUCUUUUAAGUCAAGACCAUUCAGCAAGUGCCCUAAGAGCUAAUUCUAAAACUGAGGGGAAAUUUGAACAGAGUAGUUCAAGUAAAAAAACUUCGCAUCUAGUCUCUCCUGUUCUUAAUAGCAGCCACCAAAAUGUGUUAAGCAACUACUUUCCUAGAGUAUCAGUUGCCAACCAAAAGGCUUUCCGAAGUGUGAAUGGAUCUCCUACAAACAAUGUGGCAGUUACUGACAUCACGAAGAAUACCAUCUCCUCCAGUUCUCAAAGAAGGGUUACAGCUUCUAAGGUAGCCUUACGAAAUUCUUUAAAAGCAGUGGAACCAACAUCUGUGACUCCAUCCCAGGAUGUGAGUGGGCCUGAAGAGAGAUUCCCAAUUAAACGACCCAGGCGAGACGACAAGACUAUUAUUGACAAUUUUUUUAUCAAGAAAGAGCAAAUAUCAAGUGGUGGCAGUGACCCAAAGUGUAGUUCGCAUCCUGUAGCCACAGCUCAGAAUUCCAGCAGUUCAUCCAGUCAGGGCAGAAUGGUUACUUGUCCUGUUUGUCACAGUGAGGUCAUAGAGUCUCAAAUUAACGAGCACUUGGACUGGUGCCUUGCAGGUGAUAGCAUCAACGUCAAAAGCUGAAAAAUCCUUGAAAAACAAAUGAGUCUCACAUACAUAGUAUUACCUUGCUAGUGUAAUGUGUCAGCCACUCAGGAAAUUCUGGUUAAAACCAAGGUUUUUAGGUUAUAAUACAGUUCGUGCAAACAAUACAAAAUACUGUCUUUAUAUAUGUACAUGUGAAAUUAUAAUUCAAAAAUAUUUUAUGUCCAAAGGUGCUAUAUUCACUCUUGCCUUACAUAAACUGUUGCCCAGAAGGGGUUCUGCCUGUCCAUGGAUACUUUUUUAAAGACUUUGUUCUUUCUUGCACUGAAAGGUGUUUCAAUCUGUUAAUCUCAUUUGUAUAUACUUUUCCUCAAAUAUCCAGUGAGGAAUGCUGGUAGUUGAUUAAAUUGAUUUUAUUCUCAAACUGAUUAACAUUCAUAUUCUCAGAAAUAUUGACCAAGAACACAAUCUGGAAUACAAAGCACAUAAGGCUACCCUGGAGUUUUUGUUUUUUUUUUCAAAAUGUUAACAGGAAAUGUAUUUAUGUUAAAAAACUUGUAUUCCUGUGUUUCACUAAAAGAUGGCAGCAGAUUUCAGAUUAAAAAGGAAUACGGUACAGUGACUAAAUUUCUUGCAGAAUUUUACUAGUAACAAAUAGUCACUGUGAUUUUGUAGGCUAAAGUUAAGCUGUUCUCUAAGUUUAGAAAAAUGAAUGGUUAAAAUUUGGUGCAAAGCAACUAAUCUCUAUAAUAACAAAGUCAUGCAGUUUCUGUAAGAACAGAAAAUAGUAUUAGGAACCUUAAGCCAAAGUUGUAACCACUGUAAUUAAUACCACUUGUGCAUUUAAAAAAAAAUUCAAUAUUAUAGCAAAGAGAGAGAGCUACUUUUAUCAGCUACUUUUAUUUUGUCUCAUGGCUGUACCUCCAAUGUGUUGGACUAUUUCCCACAUCUUAAUGCACCUCUUUUUUAAACUUUGUGUAACAUGACUUGCACGUAAAUAAGGUACGUAGAUCUUAAGUGCACAACAGGAUAAACUUGGACUUAGUGUUCACCUGUGUGACCACCGAGUUGGGGACUGUUUAGCUUAGUGUACACAUAUCUUCCUCAUAACACUCCCCAGUUAACGCCCAGAACCCUCAGGAACCAUUAUUCUCACUUCACAGAUUAGGUUGUUUUGAACUUCGUAAAGUAGUAUCUUUGUUUUAUGUGUAGUUUAUUCUAUUUAAUUGCUCUGUAUUAUUUGUAUGGAUAUACCAGAAUUAUUGAUUCGAGUAUUUCCUGUUUGGGACUGUUUCUUGUGAAUAAUGCUGCUAAGACCAUUCCUUUUCAUUUCUGUUGGGCAAAUACCCAGGAUGUAAUUGCUGAGUCCACAGGGUAUAUUUAUGUUUAGCUUUAGUUUAUAGAUACUGCCAGUUUGCACUCUUUACCAGCAUUGUAUGUCAUAACACUUUUAUCAGUCCUUCCCAUUUUAACCUGUCUGGUUGAAUGUUUACAAGUUUUGCUAUUUCUUACAAGUUUUUAAAAUUAUAAAUAUUUUAAUAAAUAUUUAUAAAUGU